AUGGAGAGCAGUAAAAAAAGUUCUGUAACGUCGUCUAUGGUAGACCUUAAAGCUGAACUGUUUCGUAAGCAAGAGGAAUUCAAACGACAGAAAGCAGCUGGUUCUAAUAUUAUAAGAGGAGCAAAACCAGAAAAGAAUACAAAAGGUAGCAUUUGGAAUCAGCAGAAUCCUGGUGUUCUGGCAAGGGCUAAGAACGAUGAGGCUAGCAGAACCAGUGAAGAAGAGGAUGUUCAUAGCAAGUCCAGGAAAGCUCUUGAACAAAAGGCCAGGCUGUAUGACAAACUUUGCAACAAUUCAACUAUACCAGAUGAAGACGGCAGUAACUACUAUCUUGUUGACUUCCAGAAGAAAGUCAUUGAUUCUAUUGUGGAAGAUCGAGAGGCAAAUCGGAAGAAAGAAGCAGAGGAAGAGGCGGAAGCUGAGAGAGUUGCACUGACUGCUGUAAUACCAGAGCCAGUUGAUCCAAAUGAGGAAUGGAUUGAUUUUAAAGACUCUCUUGGUAGAGACAGACGAUGCAUGAAAAAAGAUUUGGAUGAUCUCAUGAAACAAGACAGAGAUCUGGCAUUGGCUGCAUCUCGGAAGACAAGAGAGUCUGGAACUGAAAGAGAUAGUAAUGAACUACCUAGUCUAAUGUCCUCAGACAUGCAUAGGGAGAUGAUGAGGCAAAAGUGGGAGGAUGAGAUGAAAGAGCUUCAAGAGAAAGGCCAGCAGGAAAUCCAUUAUUCGAAUGUUCAAUUUGAUGAGAUCCGCUCACAUGGAGUUGGGUUCUUCCAGUUUUCCAAAGAUCAUGAGAGACGAGAAGCGCAGCUUGAAGAUCUCAAAAAGAUGAGAGAAGAGACUGUAGAUGAACAUUCUCGUAAAGAACAUAUAAAAGACAAAAGAAAAGCAAUGAUUGAAGCCAGGCUUGCCAAAGUUAGACAGCGGCGAAACUUGAAAGAACCAGCUCCUGAAGUAAAAUCAGAAUGUGACGAAGACAGUGGGACAGUUGGGCCAAAGCUGAGUGAAGCAUCACUUGCUUCAGCUCCUGAAAAUGUCAUCAAAAAGGAAGAAGUAGAAAAACAAGCAGAAGAAAAAAGGAAAGCACACAUCAGAGAAUGGGACAGAGGAAAACAGACAGACUUGCCAGUAAAAAAGAAUUAUGUGGAAGUCCUUAGAGAUGAAAGAGAACCAGAAUUUGCACCACCAUCUUUGUACUUUGAAGAACCAAAGAAGAGACAGCACCAACCUUCAGUCAGUCAGCGAAUCAAGCAACUUCACACAUCACUCAAAACUUCAAAUGAGGCCUUGACAUUACCUACACAUUCAAACAAUGAUGGUGUACUUUCUUCAAGCAGAUGUGAUAAUACAGAAGAUAACACCCAAGGAAACAGCAGAUCUGAAGAAGCCGUUCAAGAAUAUAUCUCAGGACCAGAGAAAUCUCAGAUGGGAGGACAGCUCCCAGAGGCAAAUCCUUCAACAACACAAGCUCAUCAGCACUACCCGAUGAAUGAGAACCAAGAUGUUGGCAGUAACUGGACAGGGUCUUACUCUGGAUAUGAAAACGUUCCAUAUUAUAGUGGUCAGUCUAUCCCAGUAGGAAAUUAUGGACAAACUGAAAUGCCCUUUGAAAACCCUAGUGUCCAGCAGUAUACAGGAUACCAACAUUACAGUAUGCCAUUGCAACAACAGCAGCAGCAGCAACAUCACAACCAGUGGCAACAAACACAGUACAUUUCCAGUAAUACCCCUCACCAGCAGUGCAAUGUUUAUGAUACAGGUAAUGCACAGUUGACAGAUUUCAUGGAUACUGGGUUUUCUUCAGGGGCUAGGGUUAUGAACAGUGGAUUUUCUUCAGAAGCAGCGUAUACUGGAUAUUCUGCAGAAAUAGGAUCUGUGAAUACUGGAUUUUCUUCAGGAGUAGAGGUUAUGAAUACAGGAUAUUUUUCAGGGACAAGGGCUAUGAACACAGGAUUUUCUUCUGGUGCAGGGUUUUCGGACACUAGAACAUCAGCUUCCACGCAGCCAGAUGUGGAUGUUCACCCCAGGAAACCAAAGAUUCCCAAGAUGGCAGUUGUUGACACUAGAUACAUGAAGAAUGAAGAAAUAGCACCAGUUGAAGUGCCAAUCAAUGCCUCCUUGAUGACAGCUGUUCCGUACAUCCCGGGUAGUUUCACAGCUGCUAAACAAGCCACGGCCAAGCUGUAUGAAGAUUCAGUAGUAGAAUCUGGACUGAAAGGUCAAAUAUCAGGAAAUGCUUUACUGUACACUGAAGACCAGUUGGCAAAACAAGUGUUACUGCCUCCUGAGAGUGAUGGUGAAAGCUAUUUGGAUAUUGGUAUUUACUGA